UGCGCAAACGCUGGCCUUCCCGGCGCGAUAGCGAAGGAGGCCGCUGCUCUCGGAAUUGUUUGGAGAGGGCAUGUCUUGGUAGCUGCGUGACGUCACGAGUGACCUCUCACCAUGGCUGUGUCGCUGACUGCGCUGACCGCCGUUCUCGUAGUGGCCUGCCUGUCCGUGGCGGGGGCCUUUUGGCAGGAAGAUCUGACGCCUCGGAGAUACAUCCCACUCGAUGAGGGAAGCAUGCUCAAGUUUUCUGGCAAUCUCUCCCACAAGGACCACUUCAGGCUGCUGGAGAAGGACGGCGACUCGCUCCUCAUUGGCGCCAGGAACAUCGUGUUCAACAUCAGCCUGUCUGACUUCACGGAGCGCCGAGAGGAGCGGCUCGAGUGGCACUCUGAGCAGCAGGACGUCCAGCUGUGCAUCAUGAAGGGCCUCGACGAGGAGGCGUGCCACAACUACAUCCGAGUGCUGGCCAAGAGAGGCGACGAUGAGCUGUUUGUGUGCGGCACCAACUCCUACAAACCCAAGUGCCGCAGCUACAAGAAGAAGCCGGACCUGGGCUACGUGCCUCAGGGCGGCGAGCGGGACGGCCGCGGCCUGUGCCCGUACGACCCCAACCACAACAGCACGGUCACGUUCGUCGGUGGGCAGACGUACGCCGGCACGGUGGCCGACUUCGCCAGCUCCGACCCCCUCAUCUACCGGGACCAGCGGCCGCUGCGUACCGACAAGUUCGAGCUCAAACAGCUGAACGCGCCGAGUUUCGUGGGCUCCAUGGAGCACGGCGAUCACGUGUACUUCUUCUUCCGGGAGACGGCUGUUGAGUACAUCAACUGCGGCAAGAGGGCGUACUCCCGUGUGGCUCGCGUCUGUAAGAAGGACAGAGGCGGCUCGUACAAGUACAAGAACAAGUGGACGUCGUUCCUCAAGUCCAGACUGAACUGCUCCAUCCCUGGAGAAUACCCGUUCUACUUCGACGAAAUCCAGUCGAUAUCGACGGUACAGAGCGGCGUUUACGGCGGCCGGCCGGAGGAGAUCCUCUACGCCGUCUUCACCACCCCCUCCAACAGCAUCCCCGGCUCGGCCAUCUGCGCCUUCCGCAUGGCCGACAUUGUCGAUACCUUCGACGGCGCGUUCAAGCAUCAGCAGAACAUGAACUCCAAUUGGCUGCCCCUCAAGAGUUCUCAGGUGCCACAGCCGCGGCCCGGCCUCUGCGUCAACGACUCGCGCCGCCUGUCCGACGUGCACCUGAACUUCAUCCAGUCGCACCCGCUGAUGGACGCCGCCGUGCCUGCGCUGCACGGCCGGCCCCUGCUGGUUAGCACCAGUCUGCGGCACCGGUUCACCAAGAUCGCCGUCGACCCGCAAGUGGCCGCCGCCGACGGCACGCUCUACGACGUGCUCUUCAUCGGAACCGACGACGGUCGCGUGCUGAAGGCGGUGAACGCGGCGUCUGGCUCGGCGUCGGUACGCGCCGAGCCGGUGCUGGUGGAGGAGCUGGAGGUGUUCCCGAGCGGCGCGGCCAUCACCAACCUGCUGGUGUCGCGCCAGCCGGCCGGCCCGGCCCGGCUGGUGGCCGUGACGGACAGUGAGGUGCGCGCGCUGCCGCUGUACCGGUGCGGCGACAAGGCGGUGCGCUGCGCCGACUGCGUGCGCCUGCAGGACCCGUACUGCGGCUGGGAGGCGGCCGGCCAGCGCUGCGCCCCGAUCGACUCGCCCUCCUGGCCCGAGGGCAUCGCCGUGGUGCAGAACGUCAGCCACGGCGCGCACCCGCACUGCCCGCCCGUUGGAGAUCGAGAGCCGAAGAUUCUCUACCAGGAAGCAACCACGCCCCGCACCACGGCGGCCACCACGACAGCAUCGGCGCCCUGUGACUGUGGGGCCGACCCGGCCGGCGCGGCGACUCGCACCCCCAACACGCCGCGCGCGGCGCACACACUAGAGAAGACAGUUGACAGAGUCCGGUAUAGUGCCGGCGAGCGCGGUCAAAAGGUUCUUGACAUCGUGGAGCAGACCAAGCCACACCACGCGGGUCAGUCCCUAGAGUCGCAGUACUCGACGGCGGCGGCGACGGGCGGCAUGUACACGGCCGAGACGCUAGCCGUAGCCGUGGUGACCACGUGCCUUCUGGCCGUGGUGAUCGGCUUCCUGGCCGGCUGGCUCAUCUCGCGGCGCUACUCGCGCACGCGCAGCGAGGCCUACUACGAGACGCCCCACCUGGACCACCAGUCGAAGAUGAACCAGAUGGAAACGGCGCCGCCGGUGAAGCCAGACAACAGGUGCGACCAGAACUUCCUGAACUCUGAGCCGGCGUUUCUCGUGAACAAUGGCAAACAAAUAAACUUGGUCGUGAACCAAACGAAAAACAGCAACGGCAAGAACGCCAAUUCGGCGGCAGACAAUAAGCCGUUGCAAAAAGUGCGCAAAAUGUACUUGUAGUGCGCGGCGCGGACGAGAACGAGUGCCGCGGCCCUAGUGGCGGACGACAAAAGCUGCAGUGCGGUCGAUCGCCGCACGCGGGCCGUGCGUGAUAGUCGCCACCCGAGCUUCCUCUGCCGUGACCAGCGAGAAGGCGUACAGCGAGGCACCGAGACCACAUGGGCAUCGCCCCAGAGCAUUCGAGGUUUGCCGGCAUGUCCUACAGAUCACGCCCGGAGCCGGCAUCACCUGGGAAGGAGCACUGGCCAGUGGAGCCAGUGCGGCUGGCGGCCAAACCACCCUGCCGUGCGGCCUGCCCGCUGCCACUUGUUCGCUGCGCUGGACGACUGCUGGCCAGCUGGUGCUCGUUUGUGAUGUGUUGCGCGCAGGAGGCUGGAACUGUGCCCUGUACAAAUGCGUACGCAACAGAUUUUGUUAAUUGUUGAAGCGCUGUUGCUGCCCGUUGGGAAGAUCUUUAUAUGGAUAUGUGUGCGUGUUUGGAUUGCUUGUCGAGAGUGCCAAGUGCCAAUAGUGUGCGAUAGUGCGAUAGUGCGUUGAGGUGCCAUCUGACGCGCUUAAUUGCGUUUCACCCAUACUCAUCACGUCCCCCAUCAUGGCUCAUCACGUCCCCCAUCAUGAUCAUCACACCCAUCUCGAAUCUCCAUCAUGAUCCACGUAAUCCCACCCGUACCAGUCAUUGUCCGGCGGU